CCGGCUAAACCCUCCUUGGAGACACCCGUCUUCUCUGGCUCACUCCGCCAUGCGCACGGCUUCGCGCAGCUCCGUCGGCCUGGCACAAACCCUCCGCGCUGCGAACCUUCAAACGACGGAACAGGCACGCGCACCUUGCCGGCAGCACGGCCCUUGUCACCGUUUGCAGGACAGAUUGGGCCGCAAGUGCACUGCAGACCGCGAUGGAGGUCGGCGGCAGCUGGUCAGACUCUGACGACUCGGACCAGCCUCGUCAAUACUCAGGCAGGACGCCGCUCCGCUCCAGGCAGGAGCCGCCGCAGUCGCAGUCGCAGUCACAGUCACAGUCACAGUCCAAGCACCUGCCUUCCGCACGCCCUCACUCACGCGCCCGCCGCUCCAUCAGCCCACCACCGCUCUCGCGCCUCUCGAGCGGUGCUCUCCACGCCGACGCCGCGCCUUCUGCCUCCUCCAUCAUCGCCCGCGGCGAUGACAACGACCUCCCUGCCGCGAAGCGGGAUGACCCCAAGAUGGGCGCCCGGCAGUCGACUAACAGGAGCGCCAACACGACCCCGACCACACAGAGACACCAUGCCACCCCGGCGAGUACGAGCAACCGCACGCCCAAGCAACACACCCCGCGCAAGCCGGCAUGGACAGUGGACAAGCUCGAGGAGUCCCUCAAGGCCUUCGCAGACGAGAUAGGCAAAGACGGGGCCAAGCGGACAGUGCGCUUGGUGCGCCUGUCGUGGAAGAAGAAGGCGCCGGCACCGAUCUCACAGUCUGUCAGCAGCAAAAACUGGUUUGAGGGCAUGAAGUGCAUCCCUGUCGAGGGCGGCAAGAAAUCGCCAGACACAAUGAAGAUCAAGACCAAACAGGUCGGUCACGGCCGCAACGGCAAGCUGGAGAGGAGAGAGCACUAUCGCGUCAUCUGCAUCAAGACAGAUCAGGAGGCUGUGCCUGGAUACAGCUUCCAUCAUGUCGACAUUGUCAAGAACAUCCUCUCGCCCAAUACCAUGCUGACCUACGUGCCGCAUUUACGAGACCUCGCGGAUAACGAGGAGAAGAAGUACCGCACGUGGCUCGAGAACCUAGAGUCCAUGGAUAAAACUUCCGGGUUUGCCACCUUGAGUAGACACCAGAAAGUCGUCAAGACAAUACAGAAGGAGCGUGCCACGACACUGCUGCUGUAUCUUGACCGCUGGCUCUCACGGUUGGGACUGGAGGCCUGCACCAAGUCGAACCUCAUCCGGCAUAUGACGCGGGAGAUGGAGACGGCCACACCGCAGCAGAAGUCGAGCAUCCUCAACGCUCAUGACGAAAACAACUCCCCGAGGACAAGCAAGACAAUCAAAAUGUUCACCCAGGCCUUUGACAACGUGUUCAACGACGAGAAACUCAAGGAACAGCGCGUGCCACUACAAGAAGUCCUCCUGCUGGACAAGUCUGUCGAUACCUUUGGAGAUCCGAAGAAAUGGAUGAAGGAAACACCUGGGCAGGCCAAAGCGGUCGACCAAGCCACAACAGUCGAGUCGUUUACCGAGACGUACUCGCUCCUCGGCUGCCUCGUCUGCUUCUGCCACUCCUGCGAGCAUGGAGAGUUUGGUGUUGACAAUGAGCGGAAGCGAUUCUCUGUCGAAAUGAUCGGCGGCAUGUCUGGGCUUCUUGAGAGAAGCGCUCUCGCAAAGAGGAACGGAGCGCGCAAUGGUUUGCACUCGCUCCAUGAAGACUCCUCGCCAUGCAGCGACCAUUGCUUCAAGCUAUUUGGUCCGCCUGGUGGCCGAGUUCCGGCAUGGACGGAGAUUGAGAUCAAUGUCCUCAAAGCUAUGCAUGCUACUUCAAUGGACGACAGCUUACCCACCGCAUGCGCUGUGGCACAGGUAACUGGCCGGCCGUGCUUCGACGUCCGUCGUCAGCUCGACAAACUGGACCUGCCGAUGCCAGCCACACCGAAGGCAUCGCCACUGCCACGUGCGAAGACGUUACCGUGGUAUGACCGGCAUAAGAAGAUGCUCCUCGGCGACUGGCAAGACCACAUCAUGACCCACGAGCACCAGCGCAAGGAUUGUUUCGACCCUUGCAACCAUGAAGGUCCAUGCACACCGAAGAAUUGUACCUGUGUGCAGCAUGGCUUGCUGUGCGAGCGCUUCUGCCGCUGCACGUCGGAUAUGUGUGCCUACAAAUUCACAGGAUGUGCGUGCCAUUCUCUCGGCAAGGUCUGCAUGCCGAAACAGAAGGACCGCCCCUGUAUCUGUAUUCAGCUCAAUCGGGAGUGCGACCCUACUUUGUGUGGCAACUGCGGAGUCGUUGAGAGAACGGAGCCAGCCAAUAUCGACAACGACCAGCUCUUCACAACAGGCUGCCAGAACUGUGCCUUGCAAAGGGGCAGGCCGAAGUCUGUGGUCCUUGGGAAAUCGAGGAUUGCUGGAUAUGGCUUAUUUGCUGCAGAGGACAUUGGGUCGGACGAGUUUGUGAUCGAAUAUGUCGGAGAGCUCAUUUCACAGGACGAGGGCGUGCGUCGUGAAGCACGGCGUGGUGACGUAUUUGACGAAUCGGCAAAUACAUCAUACCUGUUCACGUUGCUCGAGCAGGAGGGCAUAUGGGUUGACGCUGCGAUAUAUGGCAACUUGAGUCGAUACAUCAAUCAUCAGGACGACAACUGCAACGUCACCCCGCGCAUCCUCUUCGUCAAUGGCGAGUAUCGUAUCAAGUUCAGUUCGCUGCGCGAUAUCAAGGCUGGAGAAGAGCUGUUUUUCAACUACGGCGAGAAUUUCCCAAACUUGACCAAAAAGCUUCUACAGGAAGAGGAGAAAGCGCACAAACGGCAACGAAAAGCGAAGGAGCAGAUGGAAGAGGACGACGACGGCAAGCACAGGAAGAAGCCUGGGCGUAAGCCUGGACGGAAGCCUGGCCGGCCACCCAAUCGGAAGCCCAAGAAGACGUUUGCUACAUUGGACUCUGAGGAUGACGAGGACGUGACGAUGGAGGAUUUUAUGGUGGAAGACUCGGAAGAGAAUGCCGGAGUCGCUACUCGGAAGAGAAAGCGCGCUGCCGAUGAUGAUGAUGACGACGAUGAGGCUGAGAUGGAGCAUAGGAAGUCGAACAACACUAGCGGCCCAGCAAGGGGCAGAGCCAAACGCGGCGGCAGGCGGCCCGGACCUAAGCCAAGACGGCACGUCGAGAUCGCAGACACCGCCGACGAAGGGACUGCCACGCAGUCGCAAGAUGAAGCUGGCAUCCCACUAGUCCCACAACCUCUGGCCGAGGGACGACGACUUCGCAAGGAUGACAAAAUCCAGGAACCGCGAGACGUCGUUAUCAUUGACGAUGACGCGGCGGAGGCAGACGAGGUCAUGGUCAUGAGCAGCGGUCGCAAAUCCCGGGGGGCUGCGGCCCGUCACCCAUUCCAUCCUGAGGCGCGUGCCGCCCCUAUCCAUAUUGAUCUCGGUUCCGUUGAAUUGUCUGAUCACGCUGCAGCAGUCGAUGACUCUCCCACGCGGAGUAGGAGAGGUCCUCAGCGCCGCCACCGACAACAGCAGCAAGACCCGGAACACGUGGCGGCGACGAAUUCGAGCCCGUUGUCAGAGCCGGCCUAUCAGUCCGAUUCAGAUGAUGUACGGGGGCCGGCUGCGCGGGGGCGAGGUGGCGGGGACGCGAAUGAGGCCGGCAAGAGGCGUGGGCGGAGUGACCUCACGAUUGAGCUCACCCGCGAUGGAAGUAGCAGCACCGGCCUGAGCGGCAUCGUGGUCGAAGAUGAUUCGGACGACAGUGCACCCAUCAUUGACCGCUCGAGAUCGCGCACGCGGAGGAAGCCCGCGAGGUACGAGGACUAGGAUAAAGCCCUGUCCGACAACCGCCCAUUACACGGGAAAUGCUGAUUGUAAGGCGCUGCGGAGGCAACAUCUAUUUUCCUCUGCAAGCACAUUACAUGGUUUUUGGUGUACCUAGCAGGCGUUUGUGGUGAAAUUUUCUGUUUCUAAUCCCAGCUUGUAGAAUAUAAUUCACAGAGAUUAGCCAUACUA